AUGAAGCUUGCAUGCCUGAUGACGCUGGUGGCAGGCCUCGCUGCCGCCAAACCAAUCGUCUUCUUCAUCCGCCACGGCGAAAAGCCCAGCGGCGACGAGAACGGACUGAGUGCGCAGGGGAAACAGCGCGCGCAGUGCCUCCGAAACGUCUUUGCGGCCGGCACCAGCUACAACAUUGGGAAAAUCAUGGCCCAGGCCUACAAGCCAAGUGGCAAGCGAAAGCGCCCGUACGAUACUGUCAAGCCGCUGGCCGACGAUCUCGGGCUGACGGUGGAUGUUUCGUGCGAUCGGGACGAUGCCAAGUGCGUCAGGAAGGCGGUUAGGAAGUACGACGGGCCUGGGAAUAUACUUAUUUGCUGGGAGCACAAGAUGCUCACGGAACUGGCGGAGAAGCUUGGGGAUGAGAAUGCGCCCAGUUACCCGAGCGAUCGGUUUGACGAGAUCUGGAUCGAUCCUCACCCGUACAGCAGGAUUUCCGACAUUGUUUCUGAGGAUUGCCCCGGCUUGGACGAUUGA